UCUAUGGUGAGAGGAGGCGGAGUUGGCUCGCGCUUGGCUUGUCUCAGGGAGCGCGCAGAAUUCAGCAGCCCUUCCGGACACCGCGCGACUCGAGCGAGCGCAUCCGCGGCCGGCUGAACGCCGCACGGACUCUUGCGUCGGUCACUCAUAUGAAUUCACACCGUUCUGCCUGACCCACCUCUGUCACUGUCAGUGUGUUAGAGAUUCAUAAAGGAUGAUGGUGUGUAUGGAAAGCUGAUCUGAGGAUCUGAAACUCUGUUUCCAGGGUGAUGAGCUGUGUGCUUUGAAAAUAUCGAAUAUUAUGGGCUGUGCUUGCUGUAAGCAGAGGAAGGCCAGUAAAGCUGUGUCGAAUCCCAACUCGUGUGACACAGGCAAUGGGACCCAUGCAUCAGAUCCCUCCCGAUACAUCCCCGAUCCAACUUUUAACCCCGGGACGGGGAUGAUCCCGAACUUUAAUGAUUUUUCAAACCUAAUGCCUGCUCCCUCGUCCCGCCCAGCCGCCAUCACAGGAGGAGGCGUAACGCUCUUUUUAGCCCUCUAUGACUAUGAUGCCCGUACAGAGGAUGACCUGAGCUUCCAGAAAGGAGAAAAGUUCCAUAUUAUCAACAACACCGAGGGUGACUGGUGGGAGGCUCGCUCUCUGGACACAGGGAACACUGGGUACAUUCCCAGUAAUUAUGUGGCCCCUGUGGACUCCAUACAAGCUGAGGAGUGGUAUUUUGGGAAGAUGGGCCGGAAGGAUGCCGAACGACAGUUGUUGGCACAAAAUAACCAAAGAGGGACAUUCUUAAUACGUGAGAGCGAGACGACGAAAGGAGCGUACUCUUUGUCCAUCAGAGACUGGGAUGAUGCGAAGGGCGAUCAUGUCAAGCACUAUAAGAUUAGGAAGCUUGACAAUGGCGGUUAUUACAUCACAACAAGGACACAGUUUGAUACCGUCCCGCAGCUGGUGGACCAUUAUAAAGAGCGUGCAGCAGGGCUGUGCUGCCGUUUGAUUGGCAGCUGUAGACGGGGCAUGCCUAAGCUGGCUGACCUGUCAGUGAAGACUAAGGAUGUUUGGGAGAUUCCCAGGGAGUCACUUCAGCUCAUUAAGAAACUGGGCAAUGGCCAGUUUGGUGAAGUGUGGAUGGGUAGUAAUGAUGGGCUAUGUUGCUACUUGACUAAAGCCUGUCCAAAUUCCACGCCCCAAACAUUGGGUUUAGGGCGGGACGCCUGGGAGAUCGCCCGGGAAACGCUGCAGCUCAACAGGAAGUUGGGUCAGGGUUGUUUUGGCGACGUCUGGAUGGGCAUGUGGAAUGGCACAACUAAAGUUGCAGUCAAAACCCUGAAGCCAGGUACCAUGUCUCCGGAGGCCUUCCUGGACGAGGCCCAGAUCAUGAAGAGGCUCCGGCAUGAUAAACUGGUACAGCUGUAUGCUGUGGUGUCUGAGGAGCCCAUCUACAUCAUCACUGAGUUCAUGACUCAAGGAAGUUUGUUGGACUUCUUGAAAGAUGGAGAUGGCAGAAAUUUAAAAUUGCCUCAACUCGUGGACAUGGCGGCCCAGAUUGCUGCAGGCAUGGCCUAUAUUGAGCGGAUGAACUACAUCCACAGAGACCUGCGAGCUGCCAAUAUCCUGGUUGGAGACGGUCUGGUCUGUAAGAUUGCAGACUUUGGGCUGGCUAGACUCAUUGAGGACAAUGAGUACACAGCUAGACAAGGAGCAAAGUUUCCGAUAAAGUGGACCGCCCCAGAGGCUGCUCUUUAUGGUAAAUUUACCAUCAAAUCAGAUGUGUGGUCUUUUGGUAUCCUGUUGACUGAGCUCAUCACCAAGGGCAGAGUGCCUUACCCAGGGAUGAACAACAGAGAGGUGCUGGAACAGGUGGAGCGUGGGUAUCGAAUGCCGGUUCCGCAGGGCUGCCCGGCGUCUCUGCACGAGCUGAUGCUGCAGUGCUGGAGGAAGGAUCCGGACGAGAGGCACACCUUUGAGUACCUGCAGAGCUUCCUGGAGGACUACUUUACUGCUACUGAACCCCAGUACCAGCCUGGAGAGAACCUGUGAUAGACGCAUAUGUGCAUUAGUUCAAUAUAUCCUUCAGGAAAGAUGCAAUUGCCUUUACUUUCUAUCACCAUACCUCCAUAAACUGAUCCACGGAUCCUCAAUCACAGGCUCUGAACGUGCUUUAGUGCAAUUUCUGAUCUUGUGCUUUAGCUUGAGAGCUUCAAACUGAAAAUGCUUUCCAAGAUACUGCAAGAUUGGGUCACUUUUUUGAAGAAAUAAAACAAUGUUAAUGUUGGUUCUUUAACUUUAAAUAUGACAGCGCAUAUUAAUACACCUUAUUCCAUCUCUUUGUUUAGGCAAUAGCAAAUAAUUACCUAUUUAAUCAUAUUAAUACCUGCCUGUUUCACUGUAUCCACCACUGCAUUUGAAUUUUGUCAUAUUCAAGUCAUUUCUAAUGAGUUAUUCUGGUCAACUGAACAUUUUGCUCUGAUAUAAAAUAGAAAAUCUCUACUGGAAAUCCGGAUAACUGAGAUUUUCACACAUGAAUGUGACAUGCAGGUCUAUACUCCAAUCACAAAGAAAGCUCUUCCAGCUCCCGAAUGUGCAUUUUUGAAUGUAGCAAUUCAGUCUUUAUUUUUUUUGUUUGGCAAAAAAAAUUGCAAAGCAAAUUGAAUGCAAAGGUCUUGAUAUGCAGAAGCCAUAAAUUAAAUCUUGUGUGUUCAUCUCAAGACGCAGCUGAUCAAAACAGUUUGAAGUGCUCUUGUGUUUGUUUCUCUAGGCCGCGUUCAUUUAGCCAGUCAUGUUAUCGCUUUAUAAUAAUCCUUUUUGUUUAAUUUUGAAGCUAGCAGUCUUGUAUUAUCUUGUUAGAGAGCAAUUCUGUUGUUUUAUGGUGACUUUAAAGACACAAUAUUGAUGUUGGCAUUCAAAAAGACUUCCUUCAGAGCUGUCCUUUAAAAUGAGAAGAAAAACUACUGUUUUUAUUGUUUUGUUUCCUGGAUUUUUACACUGUAUUUUACAUCAUAUCUCUGUGAUUUGGUUUAUAAUUUAAGUGGAUAUCAAACCUGUUCCUCUAUUCAGGGUCAGUGAUAUUCUACUGUAACUCUGAAGAAUGUGUAUUACAGUUAUGUAAUGUUCGUGCAUUUUAUUAUACUGAGCUUACUGAACUGAA